CCUUGCGGCAGCGCCCGGGGCCCGCCGUGCCGGUGCCGCCCGGGACGCCCUGAGGGCCAGGGCCGGGAGCAGCCACGAGCCCUGGGCGGUUGCGGAGAGGCCGCCCCAUUCUGUCCGCGGCUGCUCGGGCUGGUUCUCCCUUUGUUACUCACAUCAGACCCGGGAUGGCUUUUGCCAGUCUGAAAUAACGGUUUAUUGUUCUCGCAUCCACAGCUGUGAUCACAAGCAAGCGAUAAUAGCGAGAUUUGCUCUCGAGCCGAUGAGAUGGUACCAAGCAAGACAGUGGUGUCUGAUGAUGCGUUUGCAUUCACCAGCCAGCGAUACAGGAAUGAAGCUAAAGCUUUACAAACACAGCUCCAGUUUAAUAGAAAUGUUCCUGCAGUUCCAGAGAACUUGGCUCUCAGAUUCUCUCACCCCCGUCCAAUUAUAAUAGAAAAACUGAAGGCAUCCAGUGAUAAGAGAAAUCUCGUUGGAAGUGAGGACCUCAGCCUGAGAAGCUCUGGGAUGUUCUCAGUGGUGUCUGAAGAGAGACUUAAAUUGGCUGUUCAGCUGGCAAAAAGGGACAUCAAACAAAGACGUCUCGAAGAACAAGUAAAACAACAGGUAUUUGGAGAUGUCAUCAGCACACCGUUGUGGACACAGAAAUCACAACCACAGAAGACUGAAGUAUUUGCAAGUCGAGAAAAUGAAAAUACCCCGAAGUCUCAGGCUCAGUUGACGUGUCAGCAGAGGCUUGCCCAUCCUUCCCAAGGAGAGUCUGCCAGCUCUGACAGCAACGUUCAUCUCUGCCUAGUUAAGGAAGGAAAGCCAGUAGCUGCUGUUUUGGACUCUCCUCCCACCCGGCACACAGGACCGGACCACAAGCCAAAUUUAAAUAAAAAAGAACAUCAAAAUAUGCAAGAAGUUCAACGUCUGCAAAAAGAAUUGAGGAACUAUGUCCAGAAAAUUGAAGAUUUUAUUAAAAAAGGGAGAGAUAGAGAACUUCUAGAUCCUGAAAACGAGCAGCAGCUUUGCACUCGGAGACAGCAACAAGCUGCACGGUCAGCUCGGAUGCUGUAUGUGCUCCAGCAGCAGGUAAAAGAAAUUCAGGACGAUUUAGAGAAACUGAGUCCUCAUACAAUCAAACAUACUAAAAAGUCUCGAGCAGUAUCCAGGUUGGCAGCAGCACAUAGAGGAGCUGUACGAACCUUGCAGGCAUUUGCCAAUCAGUUUACAGAUCAAACAGAUGAGCAGAUUCCUGCCCAUUACAAGGAACUGGGCAGUCUAAUUCGUCAACUGUCUCUCUGCUCCGCCAAACUAGAAGGGGAUUCUUCCAUUUCUGAAGCUAUCAUAGACAUUUUGCUGCAAGUUGAGGAUCUGAAUUCACUGCUAGAAAGCAAGAAAACACCAAAAACAGUGAAGAAAUGCAUUUCAGCUUCUCAGGCCAAAUCUCCAAGGAACACUGAGACAUAUCCAGACAGAAAGCACUUUCUGUCUCCAAAAGGAGAAAACAAACCUCUCACCUUAAAGAGACAGCAUGAACAAGAGUCUAAAAAACCUCCAUGUGCCAUGAGUCUUUUGACUGCAGUUCAACAGGCAAACAGUUGUGCUCGUAUAUUACACAAUAAAUACCAAGAAGAAAGUGGCCGACCUACUUCAGAGAGAAGUGCCACUUUGCAAGGAAGCACAGAUGUACUGGUGAGAGCUAGAGCUGUAAAAAAAGAGUCUGUCCUUGAAAGUGCUGCUUUGAAGAAGAAAGGUGUGUUAAUGCCUGCAAAACCUCAGGGAAUACUGAAAUCUUUAAAAUCAAGACGGGCACACCCUCCAGGAAAGCCUGCCCGAUUUCAAGAGCCAACUAUAGCUUUCCAGCUAAAAGAGAACAAACGACCUGUUAAGGAGAGCAGAAUGCCUCGCGUGCCUUCAAAGCCUGCACCUCGGUCUGUUUCACCGGAGCGACUAGCAAGGCUUGAAGCAAAAAAUUCAAGAGGAGUGAAGGUUCUAACUGACCUUUGCAGAGGAGAAAUGGAAAAAAUACAGAAGUUAAGGUCACAAAGUGUUUCUCCAGACCGGUGUGCAGACAAAGCUGAGAAGGAGAGACAGGAGUGGUCAGAGCCUCCAUUUGACAGGACACAGGUGGUACAGCAGGUUGCAACAAAUGCAGAUAUUCUGAGUGAAAAGCUAUUGGAUGAUCUGUUGGAAGAUACUGCUCAGGAACUGCAGGGCAUGGAUCAGCAUGAGAGACUGCAGGCUGAGGCCCUACUUCUGGCUGACACUUAUAGCUUGGAGUCAAUGUUGCAAAGAAUGGAAGAAAUUGAAAUGUACCAGGAGGCUGUCCGCAGGAGAGUCACCCAGAUUGUCUACAGUGACUCCCACCUGUGGGCCCAGCAAGACAACAUGGAAGAACUACAAAUGGCGUCAACAGCUAAAAAACUUACACCUCCUCAUCCAGUUCAGAUGACCAAAUUAAUCAGCCACGGAGAGCUGGAAACAGACAUUUUAUUUGAGAAACCUUUUGACAGCACUGAUAUUGAUGAAAAUAAAGAAGCAGAGGAGAAAUUGCAGACUGGAAAUGAUAUUCUACAGCCCUUGCUUCUGAAUUCUCCACAGAACGCAUAUUCUGUGUCUCUGUCUGUGCCAAGCAAUGUGCUCCAGAGCAUCUUGGAUUAUAACAGCAGAUACAAGCAUCAUUUAAAGCUUAUUUCUCAUGAGGCUGUGGGCAGUUUCGAUCCAUGGCAGAUUGCUGAGAGGUAUAUGAAUUGUCUUUGUGGUUUGGAAGUGAAAGACUGGAAUUUGAAAGCUGACUUUCUGAACCUUCUCUUUUUUUUUGCCCUCUCUCUCCGUCAGUCUUGCAGAGCAACUGACAGAAGAAGCCCUGUGUGACGUGGCAGCAGAGCUGCAGGAUGUUUGUGAGGACUAUGCAGAAGCUGUAUUCACAUCAGAGUUUUUGCAGCCGGUGCAGUGAAUUCUUUCCCACCUGUCCCAUCAACAUCAGCCUCAGCCUGUGAGAUUUUCUGCACUGGAUCUCCAUCAAAGAUUAAUCUUAGUUUUUUUAUAAAGCCAUUAUAAUAAUGUUUUCCUUUUCAGAAAGGACUUCCUUACUUUUCCUUUUAUUGGCUAAUCACCUUAGCACAUGCUACACUGGAGUGAGUUCUUUUGGAGAUGUAGCAAUCCAGUGAAGGAUUCUCAUGGCAGAGCACAAAUACGCAAACACUUGUCACUGGCUGUACUUGCAGGCUGGCUUGGGCUCUUGCCAUCGGCUUCAGAACAGAGUUCCUGAGUACUUCUAGUACCUAAUGCACAGGCAAAAGGAGACCUUCCAAUAGAAGCACGUGAUAGAGAUCUUUCUUUUUCUUAAAGUAGUCUAAAUGUUACAUUUUUAUCAGCAUUUAGUGAGUGAUUCAACCCCACAUUCCUUUCUCUUAAGAAUCCCAUUGAAAUCAAGAACAACAAAAUAAAUGAGCAACUGGCGUUUCUGCAACAUUAAAUUGUUUCAAGUAAUCAAGGUACUAGUUUGGAUUAUGUCUGGAGUCAGAGCAGUGACUAAUAAUUACUUGAGGUAACCCAAAUAACAUAUGACUGUUUCCUUUGUCAAUUUUUUUCUCCAAUAUUGUUCAGUCUAUAACACAUUCAGUUUUAAUCUUCUAAGAUCAUUUUUAUUUCCUCCAAUUAGAACAUAUAUUUUAAAAGUAAUUUAGUUUCUCUUGAAACCUUGUUUACUAUUUCAAUUGUCUUCAAAUUUACAUCAAAUGUAAAUGUUACUGCUGAAGUGGAACUUUGCUGAUAUGUGAUUUCUGUAAUUUAAACCAGCUGAUUUCUAAAAUUGUAAGUCAAAAACACUAAAGCAAUAGUGUCUCUAUGUAUAUAUAUGUGUGAAAGUAUUUUGAAGAUGUUUUAUUUUUUAAUAAACAGUUGUUUAUUAUCACUGAA